AUGGCCAAAGCGAGAGUCGUAAUUAGCAGCGACGAAGAAAGCGAAUUGCGGUUCUCUGACGAACUGAUUGAAGAACAAAAUGACGAUGCUGCGGUAGGAUACCUGGAGGAUGAAAGCACGACAUCUGGAGGUACCAGAGACGGGAAUAAGAAGAAAAUCGUUGAUGAGGUAGAAGACGACGAGGAGGAGGAGGGGGAGGACGAAGAAGAAGAGGAGAAAGAAGUUGACUAUGAUGAAUUUGACGCCAACGAUGAGGAAGGAUUGAACGACGAUCUUGACGAGGAAGAAGAAGAAGAUGAUGAUGAUGAAGAAGAUGAUGAUGAUGAUGGGGAUGGGGAAGAGGAAGAGGGAGGCUCAAGCUUCAGUGAGAACGACCAGGAUCAGGACCAGGAUCAGGCAGUUGAUGAUGACAACUACGGUUUGGAAACAUCAGACGUGGAUGAAGACUUGAGUUUAAAAGAUGAACUCGAGGCUGAAGCAGACGUUGCAACUCCCCCACAGGCAAAAGUGACAUUGGUGAAACCGCUGCUUGGUUCCAAGUCUCACCAACCUACAAAGUCAAUCAAGAUAACGAUAAAACCACCCAAAAAAGUGGAAGCUGCAGCUUCCGCUUUAACGGCAGCAACAGAGCAGCCAUCAUCACCAUCAUCACCAUCUUCACCAUCUUCACCAUCAUCACCACCACUACCACCAACAACUCCUGCUGUUUCUGCUGUUUCCGCCAUUUCUCCCGAAGGCAGCCGACAGACACGGAAGCGACAAGUCAAUUACUAUCAAGAGGAUACCGAUGAUUUAUUUGACGACGACGUAUCUGAGCCCGUGCCUACUCCCAAGCCCGCGAAGAAGAAGGCCAAGGUGAAAGUCACUAGGGAAUCUAAACCUCGCGUGCAGAAUAUGGACCCUGACUUGAUAUUGACGGACGAGGAAGACGAAUACGACCCGCAUGCAGCAAACGAUAUCACGAAAAUGACAGAACGACAACGAGCAAGAUUAACCGCGGACGAAAUAGGCCAUGACCACGGCGAGGGGCAACUAUUUGAAUUGGACGAAAGUGGCAAGAAAGCCAAAACCAAAAAGGAGAAAACCGAAACAGAAGAGGAAAUUGCCCUUCGGAAAGCUGAGAAUGCAAGAAAGAGAUUGGAUUACAAGAACAAGGUUCUUGAAGAGGAGAAAAGGGACACCUUAAAUAAGUUGCUAAAGCGGCGGGCGACAAAGUCUCGUGAGAUUAUAGCUGAUGAUAAGGCUGGCGACACGGGACAUGACGAGGAUGCCAGUUUGUUUUUCAAAGAGCGAAGGCCCAUGCUUGAUCAUCCUGCAUUGGUGAGAUAUGUUAACAACACCACUAGUCUCAAUGGUAACUCCAUAUUGGCCUGGAAGUAA